GUUACAUGCGAAAGCGGACGGUUCUAAAGAGCCGUGAAAAGCGUUCGCAAGCAUCGACCGAGCCGUAAUACGUAUACAGCGUAAUAAAUAAAUAAAUAAAUAUAUAAAUAAUUAGCAAACGACGACUGGCUAGAGUAAAAAAUUCAUCGAUGAUAACUAAAUUUUUCUUAAACGUUAAUAAAGAACCUCGUUUCUACUCCCGUCAAAUUAAUUCACUCGUAUUACGGGAGUAUUUCAAUCCCAGUUAAAAUAAGACGUAUGUACACGCGUAACAACUGCUGUUAAAAACGGUUCUUCGUAUACAAUCAUCGCGAACUAGCGUUGCAAGACAGUGAAUGUUUUUUUUUUUUUUUUUUUAUUUCUCUCUUCCCCCUCAACCCAAAUAGAUAAUUCCUCUCUUCUGUUUUAUAUUCAACCGCGGGGAUUUAAACUCGGCGAUAAAUAAAAAAUUUGGCAAGAAAAGAGAAAGAAGAAAGGAGACAGAGCGAGAGAACGAGAGAGAGAGAGAGAGAGAGUUAAAGUUGAAAGGUAAAAGGAAUACUUGGGGUGAAAAAUGCGGUUGCUUUGGCUAAUCGGUCUCCUGAUCCUAACGAGCCUUGAAGAGAGCUUUUCGGAUCCUUCGAACGCGUUUAAAAUGGUCUGGUCACACCUUUACCCUGACUCAUCGAGCGCCGACAGCAAGAUACCGGAAUGCACAGGCUGUGCCCAGAACCGGAUAUCGUCGAACGACCCGAUACUCACGGAAUUCCGUGUAGAGUACGUCAAGCAACAGAUACUGAAGAAGCUGAGACUGUCAAAACCACCCGAGGUGUCGAUGUCGCUUUCCACUCUACCGAAACCAUUGAUAAACGGAAACGUCCUUGAACUCAGACCCGGCAUGCCUUCGGGACCGGAAAAACAAGUGGAAAGUUUCUACGGAAAAACCGACCAGCUAGUUGUCUUUCCGAAAGAAGACGGAGAAAAUGCCGAGAAUUGCGAACUCCACACGAACUACUUGUCAGGCAUAUACGUGGCGGAUUGUUUUAAAUUUUAUUUACCAAACGAAAUGCAAUUCGUCGGCGUAACAUCGGCGGAACUUUGGUUUUACAAGGAAGCGGACGAGAACGACAUAGUAAAUCAGACCUUCGUUAUAUCCGAACUAGACCACUGGGACCAGAGACGCAGUUUUCAGAAGAACAGCAUCAUGGCGAUAUUCGAAACGUCGGUCGAAGAGGGUUGGGUGAAGACGGACGUCGGUUACGCGGUGAAGAAAUGGGUCGAGGAACAGAGUCUGAACCACAGUCUUCAGAUAGCCUGCAGUACCUGUUCGAUAGAUCGCGAUUCGCCCUUGGUCUCGAUCGAGCAAACGCUCAAACCAUUCCUGGUGAUUCACACCUCGCCGUUGCCGCAAAAAAAUCGACCUAAAAGGAACUCGAACUGCUCACCGGAGAUGAAGGAGUGCUGCAGAGACGAACUCUACAUCAGCUUCGAUGAAAUCGGAUGGAGCGACUGGAUUCUUCAUCCGCCUGGAUACCACGCUUACUUUUGUCGCGGUUCCUGCUCCUCCGUUGCAUCUUUGACCGUCAACGGAUCCCCGCACAGCAACGUCAUUAGAAAGUACCUCACGAAACAUGGAAACGGACUUCGUAGGGAGAACGAGAUCGCUCCGUGCUGUUCGCCAACCCAAUUGUCGCCGAUACAACUAUUCUUCGUAGAUUCGAACAACACGCUGGCGCGAAAAACGUUACCGAAUAUGGUCGUAGAGGCCUGCGGAUGUAUGUAGACAAAUCCGCACGCCAUGUAUCUAGUCCGAAUUCAGCAGGAAAAUAUUCGAACAACCCUUCAUUGACAAAACGCCGUCGGACGGUAGUCUAAAUGAAAAAAAAAAAAAAAAAAAAAAUACACACGAGUAAGUUUUUUUUACAAUAAGACACGCGAACAUUGAGCACCAUGACGAUGUACACCAGAUUACAUAAAAAAAAAAAUAUAUAUAUGUAUACGUGUUUUUUUUUUUUUUAAUUCAAGUCUAAAAUAUCGUGCCAAAUGAGGAAAAAAGAUUUUGCCCAAGUUUCAACUUUGAAUAUUUAAUAUUUAGAGGUGUCUCAUCGCGAUUUUUUAUUUCCCAUUUACAUAACAUUGGAAUAACGUUUUCGACUUGAAUUUUGAAAAAAACCGAAAAAUAGCCGUUUUUUUUUUUUUUAGAUACAGUCUACUGUAUAAACAUGAAAUAAUGAUCUAUACACUAUACAUAUAAAGUAACGCAUUGAAUAAUAAUGUUAAAUAUGCCUUACGCAUCGAAAAAUCUCAUUAUCCCUGCGUUAAUUGAGAACCUCUCAAGUUUUGCAAAUUAGUAAUUAUUCUUUUUCCCCUUUAUCUCCCUAUCUAUAUUUUUUUUUGUUUUUCCACCUUUACGCAUAUUACUGUCGAAUGAAUUUAACAUAUUAAUCAAUAUUCGCCCCGCUGCAUAUAUAUUAUAUACACACGCACACACACACGCACGCAUAUAUACAAAACGACUGAGUCAAUUCAAUGCAAAUCUCAUGUUAAUAGAAUACAUAUAAUUUAUAUCGCACGUUUUUCACCGUUACGAAAUUAAUUUUAGAUGAUUAUUUAUGACGGUUAACCAGAGUGGCAAUUUUUACAUUUCUUUUUUAAUAUUCCUAUUGUAAACAAAACUUACGAUGUACACACCGUCGGAUAGCCGAUAUUAGAAUAUAUUUUAUGUAUCAUCAGUUAUUAUACGUAUAAUUAUAUAAUGGCAUCACAUUGUCCAAGUCAGUAUUCGCGCAUCACCUCAUACAAACAAUAAUAUAAAUAUUAUUAUAUAAAACUCGGGUCUUACGAAUGAAAUGCGUGAGAUUCGAGAAUGACGAGAGGAAAAAAAGAAACGUAAUCGUAUAUUUCUAUUUUUUCUUCAUCUUUUAUUACCUUCUAGUUAGAGCGACGAGUUGACGUUGCUGAGUUGUUGUUGUUGUUGUUAUUAUUAUACGUCUGCCAAAAAUUUACACCCAAUCAAAAUACGUUCCAAUAUUAUAUACCUAUAAUAAUUUUAUUUAUCGUUAGAAGUUGAGACUUGACACGUAACGAAGGCAUAAAUCUCAAGGCCUGACACUAGCGAAUGACACGUAGGGCAUUUGACAUUUGACCUACGCAAAACUUUACGAUAGCAUUUAUUUAUUCUAAGACAUAGGGACUUUCAUUAUUUUUAUCAUUACUAUAUGCAUUUAAAACAUCUAAUGUGUGCCAUAGUUAUAAACUAAGCCGAAUCACACCUAAACGGGAAACUUAUUAUUAUUGUUAUUAUUAUUGUUAUUAUUAUUAUUAUUAUUAUUUGUCAUUAUCAUUGAAUUUGUUCUAAAGGGAGACGGAAGAAAAAAUUUUGUUUCGGUGAUUCAAAUACCUAAUCAAAUUAAUGCGAGCGACGGAAAGAAAAUAUUAAUACACAAUUAUAACAGCAAGCAUGUUUUUCUUUAUAAAAUUCAUAUGCGAUUGAAAGAACAUUCACGUAUGUAUUUUACUAUAUGUUAAUGAUGAUCUGUACCAUCCGAUGAAACCGCUCAAAGAGUCUGCCAAGUUUAGCUUUUUUUUUUUUUUAUUUCGAAAGUAUAAAAGAAUCGCGUCUAACAAUAAGUGCAACUUAUUACUGACUUGGAAAUUUACCGUCAAACAUAACACGAUCAAUAGUACAUAUAUAUAUAUAUAUAUAUAUAUAUAUAUAAAUAUACUAGGUAUUUGAAUUAAUUACAAUUUUCAUUCUAAAAUCGGUUUUAAGAUUAAUUUAUUUUUAAAAUAUAAGAAAUUAUUUAUAGUAAUUGGCAGGAUCAAUCACGGGAGCGGUUAUUAUAACAUUAUAUCAUCGGAGGUACAGAUCAUUUAUAAUUUUUUAUCACCGAAUUUUGACGCGAAGUUGAAGAAGACAAGAGGUUGGAUGAAAAAAAAAACAAAAAAGAAAGAAAAAAAGUGUUUCGAUGGGAAAAAAAAAUUGGACAAGAAAAGAAAAACAAUAUAAUAAAUGAAAA